UUUCAAGAAAAUAAAUUCAAUAUUUUCACUCAAAAACAGAUUAAAAAAAUUCUUAAGUUUUCAACUCUUUAUACGUUUUUCAUUUAUUGGGCAGUAACUAAAAUCCAACACUUUUUGAGUGAUCGAGUCUCUCCAUCUCUCUGUCUCUUUGUGCGUAUUGGGCAGUAAGAAAAAUUUGAUUUGAAGAAGAUGAGUGUAGUUGAUAGUUUAUUCAUCAGUGGAGUAAUUUUGGGUUUAUUAUGUUCAAUUUUGGGCGGAUCAACUGCUUCCUCUUCUUUUCUCAAACACCCUUAUUAUGGAAUUUCUCCUCAGGAUGAGAAAUAUUACAAGACUUCCUCUGAUACUAUCAAAUGCAAAGAUGGAUCCAACAAAUUCACUAAAACUCAGCUCAAUGAUGACUUUUGUGACUGUCUUGAUGGCACUGAUGAGCCAGGAACAUCAGCGUGUCCAAAUGGAAAAUUCUAUUGUCAGAACACAGGACAUGCUCCUCGUAAAAUAUUUUCUUCCAGAGUUAAUGAUGGUAUUUGUGAUUGCUGUGAUGGGAGUGAUGAGUAUGAUGGUAAGGUGAAGUGCCCAAACACUUGCUGGGAGGCUGGCAAAGUGGCUAGAGAUAAGUUGAAGAAAAAGAUAGCUACAUAUCAGGAAGGGGUUACUUUACGAAACCAGGAAAUAGAAAAAGCAAAGUUGAGCCUGGUCAAAGAUGAGGAAGAGUUAUCAAAGUUGAAAACUGAAGAAAAAACACUGAAAGGGCUCGUUCAACAGCUCAAAGAGCGUAAAGAACAAAUAGAAAAGGCUGAGGAGAAAGAGCGUCUACAAAGAGAAAAGGAAGAGAGGGAGAAGAAAGAAGCCGAGGAAAAGGCUCAUAGGGAGAAAAGUGAAUCUGUUGAGGAAGAUAAGCAGGAAAAUAAUGACGUCCAGGAGCAUGCUAGCUUUGAAAAGAAGCCUGAUGAUAGUACACCUGAUGAUAAAGUUAGUGUAUUAGAGCAUUCUCCUGAAGAUCAGGACAUGGCCAAGGGCAAUGCUGAAGAUGAUAAAGCAGCUGAAGCUGAACAUGUUGUCACUUCUGAUAAUGUGGAAGAACCAUGGAAUGAAGUGGAGCUGAGUGCAGCAGAAAAGAUUGAACAAUCUGUCUCACCAAAAAGUGAAGACAAUUCUGCAGUUGUACCUGAUACUGGUCAUGAUGCUGGAAGUGAGCUGUCUCAUGAGGAAGCCAAGAAAGUGGGGAAUGAUGCAUCGGAAAGUACUGAGGAGUUGUCAAGAGAAGAGUUGGGUCGCCUUGUUGCUUCUCGUUGGACAGGAGAAAACAAUAAGAAGGAAUCUCAGGAAGAUGGUGUAAAAGAUAAAGCUCAUGAAGUCCAUGAAGAAGUGCCAGACAGUACACAUGAUGGGGAAGAUGAUGGCUAUGCUACUGAUACUGAUGAUGACACUGAAAGAUACGAUGAAGCUGGAAAAUAUGAUGACCAUAUAGAUAAUGAUUUGGAUGAAAGUUACGAAGAUGAGGAUCAUGAUGAUACUAGUAGUUCAUACAAAUCUGACACAGAUGAUGAUUUGGACUUAUCAGAGACGACAAGCCCAUCUUGGUUGGAAAAGAUACAACAAACUGUACGGAAUCUUCUUCAGGCUGUUAAUUUGUUUCAAGCUCCAGUAGACAAAUCUGAUGCUGAUCGUGUCCGCAAGGAUUAUGAAGAAUCCAGUGCCAAGUUGUCUAAAUUACAAUCGAGGAUAUCAAGUUUGACAAAAAAGCUAAAACAUGAUUUUGGGCCUGAGAAGGAGUUCUAUUCAUUCUAUGGUCGUUGUUUUGAGAGCAAGCAGAACAAGUAUCUUUACAAAGUCUGCCCAUACAAACAAGCUACCCAGGAAGAAGGUCACUCUUCAACUCGCUUGGGGAGCUGGGACAAAUUUGAGGACUCUUACCGCGUCAUGUUAUUUGCGAAUGGUGAUAAGUGUUGGAAUGGGCCUGAUAGAAGUUUGAAGGUUAAGCUGAGAUGUGGACUGUCAAAUGAGGUUACUGAUGUUGAUGAACCAAGCCGCUGCGAAUAUGUUGCAUUGUUGUCUACUCCGGCUCUUUGCCUGGAAGAAAAGCUUCAGGAACUACAACAUAAACUAGGCUUGAUGAACAAAGAACAACCUCAGCAGCACGAUGAACUAUAAAUUAUCCCGAUGAAUUUACCCAACAUGCUUUAGAGGAUGCCGAACAAUUAUAUGUUCAAUAUUCAAAGAUGAAGAGAUGAUGUACUGCAGCCUC